CCCCGGGUGGGCUCCGUGCGGGUCGGUGCGGGUUCCGUGCGCUCCGCUGUGCUGGGUGCGUGUCGUGGGUGCGUGUGCUCUCGUGGGGACUGAGAGGGUUGUCAGACAUUGGAAUAGGCUGCCCAGGGAAGCGGUUGAGUUCCCAUCCCUGGAGGUAUUCAAAAAGAGAGUAGAUGAGGUAAUCCAGAACAUGGGUUAGUGGGCAUGGGUGAUGGUUGGACUCAAUGAUCGUGAAGGUCUUUUCCAACCUAAAUGAUUCUAUGAUUCCGGGCUGUGCGCUGCCCGGGGAGCUGGCGCAGGCAGCAGAAGCCCCACUAAAUCCGGGUUUAUCUGGCUACAGGUGACUGUGGGCCAUUGCCAAAUAUAAGACACGCAGAGCCCCCGGAGGACGAGAAACAUCGGAGAAGCUUCAGGGUGGGCUCCAAAGUAAGGUACAGCUGCCUCGGAGAUUAUGUGAAACGCCCCUUGCUGUCAGAUACGAUACAGUGCCUUGCAAACUCCCAGUGGUCCAGCCUCCCGGAGUUUUGUGGUCGUAAGUAUUUCACUUUCUUGAAACAAGUUCCUUAGAGACGCACGCUGCUUAUGAAAACAUUUACUGCUUUAGCAAUCGCUGUUUCAAGGGUUUCCCCAUCCAAAGUGACACACGAUCGAGUUGCAGGUCAGAAUGUCUCGCUGUUCCUUCUUCCUAACUCUGCUUAGUCCGUUGGUGCCAAGUGCGAGCACUUGUGUGUUAAUAAAAAUAGAUGAGUAGCCUGGAGAAGCACAGGAAAGAGGAGCAGAGCUGUAGUGGCGAAGCGCUGGCGCAGCUGACUGCUGACACAAGAGCUAACUAAGGGGGAAGGUUUGGCAUUGGGGAUUUGCAAACCUCCACAGUGAGAACUGGCUGCACUUCCCCACCUCAAACGCUUCAUCGGUGGAAUUGGCAAGGGAGGUAGCUGUCCCGGCCCGCCACGUGUGCGUUUCGCUAGAAUAUCACAAGAAGAUGGGAUGCAGAACUUUUAUCCUGUUGGUGUCUCGGUGAAGUAUCAUUGUCGCUCAGGCUAUGAGAACACCACAGACCAGCUGCCCACCAGCACUUGUUUUGACAAUUUAACAUGGUCAGAAGUCCCCGAGCUGUGUCAGAGGAAAUCUUGUGGUAUUCCAGCAAAUCCAGAACAUGGCAAGGUUAUUACAAAUGAUCAUCUGUUUGGUGCAAAAGCAGAUGUAGUUUGUAACCACGGGUACACAUUAAAGGGAGCGUCACGUGUCAUCUCGUGUUCCCUAAGGGGAGAUGGAGUUGCCUGGAGUCAACUGCCAGCUUGCCAGGCUAUUUCUUGUCCUCCGCCUCCAGCUAUUCCCGAUGGGAAGCACGACGGCAACGGUACGGAGUUCACGUACAACUCAGUCGUGCUGUACACGUGUGACCCUGGGCUCCAGCUUGUGGGAAAUGAAACUCUGCGUUGUACAACGGAGAACAGUGUCGAUGGCAUCUGGAGUAGGCCUCCUCCCGAAUGCAGGGUUAGGACUACAGCAGUGACAAACCACACUGAACCCCUGGAAGAGAAUAUAGCAGAGAAUCGUUACUGGCUAGCAGGUAUCCUCAUCCCUAGUUGCAUUGUUGCCGCAAUAGCCCUUGGAAUUCUAACUGGGAUCAUCGUGAAAUGGAAAGACAAUAAAAACCACUCUUAUAACAUGCAUUUACAAAAACACGAGAUGAAGGGAACGGAUCCACUGAUGCACCCAAAGAUAACAGACGAUGAGAAGCAGCCCGUGCUGUGGCGUUCCUAUUUUUGCCACGCGACGAGUUGCCACGUGUGUCCCACCUGCGAAGAGCAGCUGCACGCCGCCCUGGCCCCCCGCGCCGAGCCCGCGCGCGGCGGCUGUGCCGUCUGCGAGGACUGGCUGAGCGCCCGGCCCGGCACGCCGCGCACCUACUCGGUCCUCAGCAUCGGCGCUGGGGAGAGCCGAAACCCGACAGGCACGAGCUCUCCUGCCAAAGCUGCAGGUGUGCUGAGGGCUGACGGCACAGGCGAAGCUGUUCCGGAGCGGAGCGAGGCAGAGCAGCCCAUGGACCACAAAAGCAACCAUCACGUCUGUCCCACCUGUGAGAGCUGGCUGCGCGCCCACCUUGGCCAGUGCGAAAGCCGUCCUGUGGCACCCGGGGAGCGGCCGGGGGGGCCCCGCCGGCAGGACGAGGGCCCGCGGGGUCCCGUCUGCCCUCCCUGCGCCGACCGGCUGCACCUCUCCCUCGUCCACCGCGACACGGCGAGCUGCCCCGUGUGUCCCCUGGCCAGAGAGGGGACCCCGGCUCACCUCGUCCCCCGCUGCACCCCCAGCUGCCACGUCUGCCCCGUCUGCACGGCGCCCACCCACACGCACCUGUGCCAGGAUAAAUGGCGACAGCUGUAGCAUCCUUAGCGGCACGAAGCUGGUCGGAGAGAAGGGAGAGUUGCUACACUAACUCCUGAUGUCAGGGAUGAAGUUCUAAGUGCAAUAAGGCAACCUGAAGUCCAGUGUCUGACUUCACAAUCAAGAAUUUCUUUGUGAAGAAGCAGGAAAAUCAAACACACUUCAAAUCCAGCUGCGUGUUGGUUUAAUGCCUACUUUUUCGUUUGUUUUGGUACGGAAAAAACUAUUUUUGCAGCUCUUAAAGUGAGGCUUUAAAAAUUCAGUAAACGUUUCUUUCCACUAGGAAAAUAAUUUCAUAGUAAACACUCUCUUUGCACAAUCUUGCAAGAUUCACUUAUAUUUUUUAAACUACUUUUUUACUGAGGUUCCUUUACCAGUGUGCAGAUACGAGUGCGAAAAUUGCAGUAUUUAUAGUAAAACUGUUUUGUAAGUAAAAGGAAUAUAAAAUAAGC